UCAUAGCAAAAUAUAAUCUCGGUGUAAUGCAAAUAAAAGUUCAGAUUGUUUCAAAAGAGAUGGUGAAGAUAUCAUCUUCUCCAUCGAUUCGACAUCGAAAACCUCACAAACUCUCCUUUUUCGACCAACUUACUCCGACAACGUAUUCUCCGAUCAUUUUCUUCUACUCUAUCAGAAACGUUUCACCAUCAACUUUAACCUCCAAAUUAAAAAUUGCUCUUCUCAAAACACUCAAUAUCUAUUACUCUUUCAGCGGAAGAACAACGGAUAAUCUCUAUAUCGAUCGUUUCGAGGAAGGAGUUCCGUUUCUUGAAGCGCAAGUAAAUUGUUCGUUCUCUGAUUUCCUUAAACACCAUGAACCUGAGUCAUUGAACAGUUUGCUUCCGUUCGAACCGUACAGCAAGGAAACAGACCCGAAAAAUGCGCCUUUAACCGCAGUUCAGAUCAACAUUUUUAACUGUGGAUCAGGAAUAGCAUUGGGUUGGUGUAUGUCACAUAAGAUUUUUGACGCAGACACGGCUUCAAGUUUUUCGACUACUUGGGCUUCGAUCUGUCGUGGAGAUCUUAAUAAUGUUGUAGAGCCUGAUCUCGAGCAAGGGAACUUAUAUUUCCCAUCUCUAACUACGAUUCCUGAUAAUCAUUUAUCUUUAAUGGAAAAUUUAUGGUUUGCUAAGGCUGAUUAUGUUACGAGGAGAUUUGUGUUCAGUGCGAAAGCAAUUGGUGCCCUUAGGGCUAAGGCGAAAGGAGAAGGUGAAGAAAAACCAUCUCGGAUUAAAACAUUGUCAUGUUUCAUUUGGAAAUGCAGUAUGGCUGCAUCAAAAUCAAUAUCUGGAACGCCAAAGCUGUCGAUUCUUGUCGAGGCGACGAAUCUUCGACGAAAAACAAAUCCGCCCAUGAAAGAUAGUUCUAUUGGAAAUCUGUUUUGGUGGGCAGUAGCAGUUGCUGACCCUGCUGAUACGAACAGUACUGAUUUGAAGCAACUCGUGAGUAUGCUAAGCGAAACGAUUAAUUUGUAUAAAACCGAUUAUACGCAUAGUUUUCAAGGCGAAAAUGGGUACGAAACGAUGUCGGAUUAUUGCGAGCAGUUACGAGAGGUAUUUUCUUCGGAAGAACCGGACAUUUUUGCAUUUACAAGUUGGUCUAAUGCAGCUUUCACAAGACCUAAUUUUGGAUGGGGAGAGCCUUACUGGGUUGGUGUUAUGGGAAAACCUGGACAAGAAUUUAGAAAUUUGACUGUGUUUGUUGAUGCAAAAGAUGGUAAAGGGAUUGAAGCAUGGAUUACUUUAGAUAAAAAAAGAAUGGAUAUAUUACUACAAGAUCUUGAGUUCCUGGAAUUUGCUUCUCCAAAUCCUAGGUUUUCUAGCAUAUGAUAGUAAUUGUUUUCCGGGGUCCAAGCAUUAGUUUUUUUUUGUUUUAUGUUAUAUGUACUUUUAUUUUUCCUAGUUUACUUAUAACUAAAUGCUGUUUGUGUUUUGGAACCAUGUUUUAUAACUAAGUUUUGUGUAUUUUUUUUUUUUGGACAAGGACUCACUCUACUGAGCCGAAACUCAAUAUUAUUGUCAAGCCCCGGGAAGUGGACCGCCCGCAAGCCCACAUAUGUGGUAAUUCCGGGCAAUAAUGGCCAGCAAUCUAACCUCAACCACUCCACAUUAAGAAAGGGCGUAGCCGGGGUUCGAACCCGCGAUCUUUGACACUCAGAUGGCCGA